UCCAUGUUGUAAACUCGUAGAGAUAACAUCCAUGCGCUCGUGUUCAAUUGCAUUUGCGCUUUGGUUAUACGAUCUCAGUGUUUUCAGCACUACAGUGUGCGUCCAUUGUGCUUUAACAAGGCCCCCAAGAAAGAUGGUUAAAAGGAAUGGUGCUGCAAAGAAGAAAACAGGAACAGCCGAUACUAUGCUCGCAACAGGAACGUGGUGUGAGCCUCGGCGGCUUGUAUGCCCUCCUGGACGUGACUGACUCCCAUUCACCCUCCAUCUUGGAUGAUACGUUGGGUUAGCUUCACGUUGGUGGUCAAACAUAGUUUCAGUGCCUCAAGAAUAGGGAAACUGCUGCUGCUAAACCCUGGUGCGAAGCCUACACCUCGAGCAUGGCAAAGUACUGGUGUGUGGGAUGAAAUUAGCAAUGUGAAGGAAGCGAUGACAGAGCAGAAGAAGGGCAGUGACUUUCAGAAAGAUUUGCUCCAUUUCUAUUCCACCAUUAAAAAUGCACAGAUGGAGGCAGCUGGUGGCAUCAAUGGUGUUUUCCUCAUGGCUGUUCACCGAGGGAAGGUCAGCGAAGGAUUAGAUUUUUCUGACAACAAUGCUCGAGCUGUUAUCGCUGUUGGAAUUCCCUUCCCUAACAUCAAGGACAUCCAAGUUGAUUUGAAGAAGAAGUACAACAAUUACCACUGUCGAUCUCGAAAGCUUCUGUCAGGAAGUGAAUGGUAUGAGAUCCAGGCCUAUAGGGCAAUUAACCAGGCCUUAGGAAGGUGCAUUCGCCAUCGCUAUGAUUGGGGAGCACUAAUUUUGGUUGACAAGCGCUUCCAAACUGAAAGUUUAGCGAGUGGUAAGCAAGAGAAUCGUUACACUCGUGGACUUUCUAAGUGGAUCAGAACCAAAGUUGUUCAUCACAGAAAUUUCUCAGGAACUAUCAACCACCUUCAAGGGUUUGUUAAAAACAUGUUGGCAAACCCUCCAUCACCACCAAAAAGCAGUGGUGUGUUGCUGGUUGCUCCACAUGAAUCUACAAAGGAAAAGAAUGGCCAUCACUCUCUUCCACAUGUAAGCAGCAGCAGUUCCCUGGAGGCCAAUGAACCUGCACAAGCUUCCAGCACUGGUGAAAAUUGUACCUCUAAACCUGUCCAGAGUACCAGCACUGAUGAAAGUUGUACCUCCAACCCUUUCCCGAGUAUAAGUACCGGUGAAAGUUGUACCUCUAACCCUUUCCCGAGUAUCAGUACCGGUGAAGGUUGUACCUGUAACCCUUUCCCAAGUAUCAGUACCGGUGAAGGUUGUACCUCUAACCCUUUCCCAAGUAUCAGUACUGGUGAAACUUCAAAAGAAAAUACUUUUGUUAGUCACAAGGAAUGUAAUGCCACAGUGGAAGAGUCACCCCACCCAGAGAAGGCUGGGCCAAGGUGUGGGAGUGCUACUUGUGGAUCUGACAAGGAAAAUAAAGAUUUACCAGUUCAAGCUGAAAAAAGACUACACACAAUCAUAGAUGAACAGGACCUGGAUGACUUCAAUCUUACCCUUAGUCCCGUCCCUUGGGCAAGAAAGCCUUCCCCUCCCCUGAGGAAGAGAGUUAGGAAGAAGCAGCAGAUUGUGUAUGAGUUUGAGUGAAUGGUCAUGGAAGUUAGGUAAAAAAAAAUCUUUUAUUAGUAAGUUUGCUACCAAAAUUAUUUUAAUAAAAGCUUUUAUGAAUCUCAACUAGAAAAAAAAAAUGAUUUAUAUUUAUUUAAUUUUAAUUAUUUUAAAACAAAAUUAGAAUUGAAGUCGUAGCAUAGUAAGGAGUGACGCUUGUGGGACAAACCUGCUUGUGUUUUUCAAUUUGACAUUUCUUUCUUUCAAUUUGACAUUUGUUUCUUUCAGUUUGAUGUUUAUUUCUUUCAAUUUGACAUUUAUUUAUUUCAAUUUGAUGUUUAUUUCUUUCAAUUUGGCAUUUAUUUUCAUGUUGUGAGACAUUUAAUAGUGAUAAUAUAUGUAAGUUUCCUUAUAAUUCUGGUAGCUAGUUUUUAUAUAAAAAAAAAAUGUUUUAAAGAUGUACAGUCUGGUAAUGCAAUAUGUAGCAGUUACCUAUCAGUCAAUCACUGUGAAAAAUAUUUCCUGAAAUAAACAAAAAUAUUGUUAUCAUUUAUUUAAA